UGAACCGAUGUAAAGGCCGAUUCACAUCAAUGAUUCAAAAAUCGAUCCCGGGCCGGUACGCCGUGGGUGACGUUUUGGCGCGUUUUUUUUUCGCGGAUGGACACCGGCGCACCGCGCCCAUAAAAACUCUGCGGCCGCGCCGGCCACACCCACUCAGUGUGCUCGCAUCGAGCCGGUCGAGCGAAAAAGGUCACAGCAAACCAUGCUGCCCUGUUUGCCGUCCAACUUAACAAGACAGCAGUUUCUCUUCGCCGCCAAGGAGUCGUCGUCGUCGUCCCCGUCGGCUACUUGCUUUACGUGGGCUGGACUUUGACCUCCGUGGAUGUUGUUCUUCCACUUGAAAUACAACAUUUUCUUUGAAAUCCCAACUGCCGUUUGAAGAUGUUGCAAAGCUUCGCCCAGUCGCAGGACUGGCUCUACUCGGAGCCGCUGCUUUUCGACGAAGAGUUCUGCCAAAUAUUGAUGAAGGACCUCCAGUCACUGCCCACGCCCCCACAGUCGCCCCCCAUGAAGGCGACGGGCGCCCCCGGUGGGGCCAAGCCCCUCUCCAGCGGCGACCAGCUGAGCUACGUGUCGGACAUCCUGAUGGAGGACUACGACAUGCACCUCAACUGGAACUGGGCCUUCAUCCAUGACAAGGAAGGUGGCGGCGGGAGCGACGGCGGGGGAGGGGGCCGGCCCGGCCCCCCCUCGUUGGAGGAUGAAAACGACGAGGACGGCCUGUGGCGCUGCCUGGCGUCGUCGGACAAGAGCCCGGCGGAGAAGCUGGCGACGUCCGUCCUGGGCUCCAGCCCGCUCCUGUCCGACAUGGACACCAGCAUCUUCGAGGGGCUCGCCGGCUCCACGCUGGACUGCCAGAACCUGAUGGGGGGCCGCGAGACGGCCGAGGCGACGUCCGACUACUAUUCCGCCGGAGGCGACGUGUCCGUGUACUCGUCCAGCGAUUCCGAGGAAGAGAUCGACGUGGUGACGGUGGGCCGCUGCCCCCCCAGCCCGCCGCCCGCCUGCCGGCAGAAGCAGCGCGACGAAGACGACGACGACGACGAGGAGCGUCGCGCGCUCCGCCGCCACCACUUUGAGAUCCAGCUGCAGCAUAACUACGCCGCGCCGCGCCCGGCCUCCCCGCCGCCUCCUUCCUCGUCCGCCAAGCGCUCCCGCGGCGGCGGCGCCCAUCAUCAUCAUCACGCCUGGUCCUCCUCAUCGUCGUCCGCCCGCCACCAGCAGGCGUCGUGGCGGCACCCGGCCGAGACGGAGGACGAGGAGGAGCGUCGGCGCACGCACAACGUGAUGGAGCGUCAGCGGCGCAACGAGCUGAAGAACUGCUUCAUGCGCCUGCGCGACAACAUCCCCGAGCUGUCGCGCAACGACAAGGCGUCCAAGGUGGUCAUCCUGAAAAAGGCCCGAGACUGCAUCCACGGCUUGGAGGACGCCGCCGGGCGGCUGCAGGUGCGCCGGGACAAACUGCGCGCCAAGCAGGGGGAGCUCAAAGCGCGACUGCAGCACCUGCGGACGCCCGCGCGCUCGUAAAGGGGCGGCGGGGUGGGGGGGGACACAAAAAGGCGCGGAGAGAUUUUUCUUUUUUUUUUUUUUUUUUGUACAACAGAAAUGACAUUUUUGCUUUCAGGAACCAGGAGGAUGUUGACAAGGACGCACAAAGAUGGACUUCUCAGUAGACUUUAUGCUCACGGGCCCACACACACACACACACACGCGCACACACAUUCAUUGCGAUGCCUUGACUGCUGACUGUUUGAAUACACGCACACGACGCAAGCGAGGUCAGUUCUUGUUGAUGAAACUUGAACAUACACGACUCGCAAAAAGUCGCAAUUUUGGCCUUGAGAUGUCAGAGUGAAGCUAAAUUUAAAAAAAAAAAGAGGGAGGUUGGGGGAGUCAUAGAAGGGCAGAGAAAAUGGUAUGGGGUGCAAAGGGAGGGAGGUGAGGCUUUCUACCCCCCGCCCCCCUCCCAUUUUGUCAGCUCUAGAGGGGCCAAAAUUGGGUGCUUGUUGCGAGUUGUGUAUUCGGGAUGUCUUGUAGCCAUAGCAACCAGCAAUCCCUCCGCCGUUCGGCAUUUUGAUGGCCUUUAGGUCCUUUUUUGCAGGUUCCCAGAACUUUUUCCUUUUUAAUGUUUUUUUUUGUUGUUGUUGUUUUUGUUGCUGUUGUUUAAAAUCAGCAUCUGAUGCCUUUUGAGUGUGUCAAACUCAUUUUUUGAUUGAUGGAUGUUUUCAAAGUGGGAAAUGGUGACAACGGCCAAAUCUCGGAAGUUUACAGUGGACCCGCGUCGUCGCCGUUUGGUCAAUUCAAAGGCGCCAUUUGUUAUUCGCAAAAUCCCCCCCCCCACCCCCCUCUCGUUUGCAUUCUUUACCCCCAUGCUCCUCUUCUUUGCAUCCCUUGUUUUAACCUGAGCAUGCUCACUUUUUUUUUUUUUUGUGAAGACGAUCACCGUUUUAUUCGUCUUUUGUCAAACCAUUGUAAUAUAAUAAAACAUGGGGUCCACUGUACAAGAAAUUUUCGAUUUGUUAAGAGCGAUAAAAAUGUUUGUUGCUAUCUGUUCAAGUGAUGAAAGAUAAAUUUUGCCACAAAUCUAAAACGAUGACUGUUUUGAAGAAAAAAAGCCAUAUUGUCGACACUUUUUGCUUGGGUGGGGCCCCAUGGCCUCAAGUUUGACACCAGCGUCACCAAAGUUUUUGAUUUUUCUUUUUGGGGGGGGGGCUUUCUGGUAACAUCAUCAUCUUUGUUGAAACGGCGCGUUCUGCUCGCUGAGAUGUUGCCAGGACCACUGCCCCACCGCCUGCCCCCCCCCCCCCCCACUUGCCCCUUUGGGUGUCGGUGACCUGUUGCAGCAACAGAAAGUAGCAGCUUUUGCCCUCUCUGGUUGAUUGGCGCAUCCUCAAUGCGCAGGACGACUUUUGCUCGGGACUAGAGCAGCGUCACCUUCCUGUGAAGUUGGUCGUUGGAGAGAAAGAAUAAAAAAAAAAAAAAUUAAAGGACGGCAGGGAUGAGUUUGAAAAGCUACCUCCGCCUCGACCCCUUCCCAGCCAGUGUCGAGCUCCUCAUGAUCGGUGUCUAAAAUACUGUACAGAUUUUGGGCUUUUUAUGAUGUACAUUUUGUUGUUCGAUCAUAAAUUAUUUUAGGUUUUUUUUUUCCCCCCCUUUGGGGGGUUUGUUUUUCCAUUUUGAAUUUUUGGAGUAUUGAAAGAUUUUUUUUUUUUCACCAGCACUUUUUUUUUUAUAUUCGUGAAAUUAAAGAACGAGAGUUGGAGAAAUGUCUGCUUGGAGUGUCUCCACAAAUAUUUUUUUUUUUAAAUUGUAUUGUGCAUUUUUUUUCGCUCAGGAAUGUAUGAAUAUGAUAAAGGAAUUCUCAAAAGUAA